AUGCAGGUGGUUAGGCACAAGCAAAGAGUUAAGUCCUGGUUCAAUUUGCUCCUCCUCUUUGAUGUUCUGACAUCAUCAGUCCUGCCCCCUAAAAGAUCCCCAUCCUCAUGCUCAGAGGCCGUCACUUCCAAUCUGGAUUGUUUGUGGAAACUUCAUGAACAGCACCAGGGGCAGGUGUUUAUCCGUGGAAGAAAGUCAUGCUCUGAAGAAACUUUCAGUUCAGGGAUCACAGUGGAUGCCACAGGUGUAGCCGCCGGGCUCGAGAGAGUUAUGGUGGUUCAAACUGCAAUCAUGAACCCCCAGUUCAUGAGUUUUUGCUUCCCCGAUUCUGUGAUGGAGUACGACAUGGAAAAGAGUCUGGAUUGUAGUCUGCUCUGUGAGGCGGAGAAUGAUGAAGACUUCAAAGAGACCACGAGGGACUUGCUGAGCUUCAUAGACUCAGCCUCCAGCAACAUCAAGCUGGCUCUGGACAAGCCGGUGAAAUCCAAAAGGAAAGUCAACCACCGGAAGUAUCUGCAAAAGCAGAUCAAACGCUGCACUGGUAUCAUAUCACCAGGAAACACAUCAGAAGCGCCGGUGAAAAGACAGAGUUCCCCAGUAAAUCAGCAGGGCCCUUUACAGAGUAAAACUCUACAGAAGCGAGAAGGGGGGCAAGCCAACCUACAGAGUAAGAGCCUGGCUGCUCUCUUCAGCCCUGUGAAGGAAAUAAGGGGGGAGAAAGCAAAGAAACCCCCCCUGAGGCACCGUAAUCUGCCUCCGUCUUUUUUUACCGAGCCUGCCAACUGCUCCAGGGUUAGCUCCACAUCCGGGAUGAUGCUGAAGGACUUGGAACGGGGGAACCCAGAGGCUGCAGAGUUCUUUGAGCUCCUGGGGCCAGACUACAGCAACAUGGUGAAUGAGCAGGAUGUUUAUCAGGCCAUGCCACUGAGGGUGCAACAAGAUCUGGGAGGCCUAGACCCUGCUUCAUAUGACCAUUUAGUUAGUGGUCUACUCUACCCUGAUCCCUGGACUAAUUGCUCAGGACCCUGUAAAAAACCAGGGGAGGGUCUGCGAACAGGCCCACCACAGCUUCCAGGCUAUGGUCAGGCUGAGGACCCUUCUGCGCCAAUAGAUGACAGUGGACUGUGUACCUUGGCCUUUCCAAGCUUCUUCCCAGACUGCUCCAUACCUCAGGUUACCUAUGAUUUAAAUGGUGGCUAUAACAAAACAAACUAUCCAUGUCUAUGAGAAACUGAAAAGAAAAAGAAGUACUGCAGACAGUUGGAACAGUAGAAAACCCUUUAAUUUUUCUAACAUUUCAACUGGAGAACAGGUCUCAUGUUGCUUUUUUUGUAAAAACUUUCAUACAAAUUCGAACGCGUCAUUUUUGUUCCUUCUCAGGCAAUUUAUAAAGACAUCCUGAAGAGUUCUGACUUUAAGGAUUUGUAAGUCUGGGAUGUUAAUCCUGUUGAAAACAUCAGAACAGCUGGACUAAACAACAGAUGCACUUUUUUCCACUUGAUUAGUUUGUAACAAUGGAAAAUGGGGGGAAAAAAAACUAAUCCUUGCUAAACUAGUGACAACUCUGUGCUCGUCUUUCAGAAAUGUUUUCAGAAUCUAUUUUCAGCUGGUUAACUGAACACUUUUUGUCCUCUUUUUGGAAGACUUUUCUUGUAUCUAGCUAUUGCAAUAUGACGAAAAUAAAGCUGGUCUUUAUUGGUUUGUCUGUUCUGUGCUUAUUGAGGAGAUGUUAUGCAACACUUGACAUGUAAAAACAAGAGACUAAAGAAACGCUAUAAAAAGAUCAAAUAAAAUAACCUUUUGUUUCUCUA